AUGUCCCAUACUACACACGGUGGCAGAAUUGUGCCCAUACUUACGGGUCACCAACAACAGAUCCACGACUCCACGAUUCAACUAAAACAACAUCAUUCUCUCCCCCGCACAAUUGAUUCUCCACAGCUACAACGGUCGAGUAAUUCAAUGCCUGCCAAAAGUGUCAAUUGUGAGGAUAUUCCAUGUCUGAGGGAACGUGAUCUUUUUGCUUUACCGACAGAGGGCGAUGGUAAUUGCCUCUACUAUUCCCUCUCCGACCAACUCUAUGGUGAUUUCAAUCACGGCGACACCAUCCGCCAGCGUCUAGCGGAUCACAUUGCAAGCAACAGGAAUUAUUUUAUGCAAUUCGUCGUUGCUCAGGGUGGUGAGCGUCGUCGUCCAAAAAGAGCCGCUGCCUCGACAUAUGCCACGCGUUCGGCCGAUGUAUCGGCUCCGACCGAAGCAGACAAAGAACGCCGCUUCAACGACAUGGUUGCCCUGACUCGGAAAAAUGGUGAAUGGGGAAGUUCAGAGCACUUGCAGGCUUUUUGCCAGUCAUAUCAAGUCGACAUCAAUGUUUACACUUCAACUGGUAUCCAAACAUUUCGUGACGUCAAUGCCUCUCCUGACGAUCAUAAGCAUGUCGUACAUGUCGCUUUUCAUGACUUCAAGCACUAUUCGUCGGUGCGGGCCCUAUAUGCCUGCCACAAUGGUCUCUUGACCACAUUCCAACAACCUACCAGCUUUUCAAAAGACGUCAUUGGAAAGGAGGUGGAGGACACUUCACCCGGCCAAGACAGCGACUAUCCCUCUUCCAUUUCCUCCUCCGCCUCUUCACCCGCCCAUACAUCUACCUCUUUCUCCACAAACGACACAUCACUUGAAUCUUUCAGCACCAAUAAUGACAACCUGGCCAUUGAAGUCUUUCCCCCAUGGGACAUUCAGUCCAUCCAAGACGGACUUGGAGGCCGAUACGACCGAAAAACCAUAAUCAACAUGCUCCAGAAAUGCCGUGGGGACAUCGACCGUGCAUUUGCAGCUUUGCUCGACGACAAGAAUGACUCAUCGGAGAAAAAGUUGGCCCAUCAUUCCAAUUUGAAGCCUAGUCUUCAGAUCUCUCGAUCCUCAUCUCCUUAUAGCACUGGGAGCAAGCGUUCCGCAGACGACAGUGACGAUGAUUCUGAGGAUCCACAGGCCACUUCUCGCCGAGGUCGCCCAAUGAAGCGUCCGAUUACAAAUCUCACCAUGGGCGUCGGCAUUUCCUUCCGAGACGAUCAAAACGAGGUCGUCUCCCUCAAACUGCGAAUGAAAGCAGAUGCUGAAAAGGCACGAUCAGAUGUUACACCUAGUGACUCUGGUAUCGAACAGCACGAUUUCAUGAAGGGCCCUCGUCGCAGCAGCCGAUUUUCUCAGUCUCGACGAGCCUAA